AUGCCGCCAAUACAAGGAAGCAACGGGAUAGCGUACAAGGAAAAAAAAGGAAGAAGCACUGAUAAAUCCAAUGUAACUUCAGUUUACAUCGAACGAACAUCCCGACGUAGACAUGGAUACCUAGAUGAGGAGGAUCAAGAAACUCUAGGAUUUGCAACACCGAUAGAAAGCGUUGAAAAACAUGCCGAAACAGGCGCGGCAUCGAGACACUUCCCAUCGAGAUGGAAACAAGCAGAUAUCAUGAUGCUAAGAAAACCCGGAAAAGAUCCCACUUGUCCGCAAAACUAUAUGCCGAUAAGUUUGCUACCUGCCAUGCGUAAAGAAAGAGUUUGCUCUUUAUUGGUAACUUUGGACUAUUCAUAUAUAAACCUAAUCCAUCAAAUGAAUAUCGAUUCUGCCAUGCAGCAAGUAUUAUUAGCAAUAGACGAAGCCAAUUCUUUAUUCCGUUCCACAGAUUUUGAUAAUGACAGCUAUCCAGAUAAUGUUGGAUUUCUUAUCAAGUACUUCGCCGUCUUUCAAACACCAGAUAACAGGAAUUUGGUUCCGCACUACACAAAACAGGCAGUAGAUGGACGUUUUUACAUAAAGAUGUUUUCAAGAUUCAGUUUGAUCAAUGAUGUAUGUCUAGGAAUCAUUUUUACUGGACAAUCUUUUAAAAAUGAUAUUGUUGGUAUUAGUUACACGGCUGCUUUUUUGAAAGGUUUCCGACUACCAGUUGGAGGGAUAUGUGAUAAACCAGAUACGAAUCCGUACGGUCUGAAUCUUAAUACGUUAGCUGUGUCUGCUAGAAACCAAUACGGCAGAAAGGUUCCCCAAUUCAUAUUUGAUUUGAGUUUAUGUCACGAAUUGGGACAUAGCUUCGGAUCUGAUCAUGAUUCAACGAAAAAUUGCGCCGGUUAUAUAAUGGCGCCGCAUACACCGGUGGAUCAAAAUAGGAAACAUUAUAUUUUUUCGAGUUGUAGUAAGAGGUCUAUACUGAAAACGAUGAGCCUGAAAGGAUAUUGUUUUGAGGAUGACGAUACUCCAUACUGCGGUAACAACAUUAAAGAAUCGACAGAAGAAUGCGAUUGUGGAACUGUAAGAGAUUGUCGUUCAUUUGAUGUAUGUUGUAUACCACACGGAAGACCUAAUGCAUGUCAAAUUAAGAGAGAUGAAGGGUAUACAUGUCAUCCUUCGCAAGGAUUGUGCUGUACUUCGGAAUGCCACUAUGCAAAUCUUCAAAAGUUUGGCGUGGAAUGUAAAAAUUUUGAAAUAACAUGUCCCUGUGCAAAUAACAGAACAAAAUGUACUUGUGGUAUUAACGGUUAUUGCCGUGGAAACAUUUGCCAUAGUGACGAAUGUACAAGAAUAGGUUUAGAAGAAUGUCCAUGUCCCAAAACUGCAAAUACAACUAGUUGCAGAACCUGCUGUUUUUCAAAAAGUAGCCCACAUUUACCCUGCUCAUCAGCAAAUGACAUAACAAAAGUUUUGAUAGAUUCAGAUUAUUCAGUAUUUAAAAAACUUCAAUCCUAUGUAUCCAAACAAUUGAUGAAUAUUAAAUAUGGAUUUUUUGAAACAUAUUGUCAAAAUAAUGAAUGCGUGAAACUUUAUUUUAAAAAUGUUAGUGUUGGCAAUUUCUGUACAUUGUUUGGUAAAUUAGGAGAUUGUGGUAACAAUGGAUGUGAAAUACACAAUCAACCACCGAUUUACAAAACGAUACAAAGAAGAAGUAUAGGUACAAAUAAAAUUAGCAGCCUGGACACCAUUUUGAUUGUUUUAUUUUUUAUUCAUCUAUAUUCAAUAAAUAUAUCAUAUUAA